AUGGAGGAGCUGAAAUACAGAGGGAGGAAAAGAGAAGGAAGACACAGGUAAAAAAAUAUAUAUAUGUAUAUAUAUAUUUUUUUCUUUUCUUUAAAUAUGUAUAAAAAUAUAAAGAUUAAAGAGAGACGUUUUCCUCUGAACAUGGCCAUAAUUUAUCUAUUGCUUUAUUUCAAGAAUGACAAAUACAAAUAAUCAACGGACUAUGUUUAUAUAUUUUUGUCUUUAUGAUCACUGAAAGCAUUCAUGUUAAAUUACCCCAUUCACAACAUAUUCACAUACUGAUGACAGAGUCUGCUAUUUUUGUAAACGCCAAAGCUGGAUAUGAGCAAGGCCUUCAGAUUUAAUGUCAGAAUCCCAUUUUUCAACCACGUGCGUACAUGGAUCAUGCAAAUGUUUUUUUUUUAUCUAUAAGACAUUUAUACCAAAAGAUUUUUGUUGCUGUUUAAAAUACUUAGCAUGACUGAAUUAAGUUCCAGCUCUGAACUAAAAAGUGUCCAAAAAGCAGGAGGAAUAUGAGUUAAAGAAACGUGAGAGAUCCGGGCUGACUGUAUUAGACUGUGACCCCAACCACGGAUGGAUGGAUGGAUGGAUGGAUGGAUGGAUGGAAAAUAGCAGAAAAUAGCAGGAAUAGAAUAUUGCAAAAUUUAGAGUUAAAUGUUGGAAGUUUUAAUCAAAAUCCCAUGAGGGUCAUUUAGAAAGCUCUUUUAACUGUUUUCAAUGUAUUUUUCAAAGAUUCCAACAAGCAGGGUUGCAUUAAGCAUUAAUUUAUGUAGGCCAAACAUUAAUCUGCUCCCCAUUUGGCUAAAGAUUGUGGAAAAGCUGAAGUUAAUGGAAUUCCAAAGUAUAACUGAGCAUAGAAAGUGUUGAGAAAGUAUUAAAACUACAUUAACAAAUAUUCUGCCGAUCUACAAAUCCUUGCAGCUCAUUUUAUAUACUUAAUUAAUUAAUCUUACACUGAAUCAGGAGCAUCACAUCAAGGGAAAUUUGGGGCUCAAGACAUCAAAUUUGAAGGUUGGUUCUGGUAUUUAGAGAAAAAAACAACAGACAGAUGUGAUUUAAUCUUGUUAUCUCACAUGCGGGAAUGAACAGUGUUUAUUAGCCUAUGAUUCAUUGUUGGGUUAAUAGUUAGCAGGAUGGAUGUUGGCAUGAGGAAGUCAUUAGUAAAUUGUCCACUUAAUGAUGUAACAGAGGGUUUUGUUCCAUCUGAUUUCUAUCACCUGUAAUUCACUGCAAAUAGAAGUGCUUUAUUUCCCUCAGGCACUGCAGUGCUUUUCUGUAUCAUUGAGGAUGGUUUCUCUCAUGCUGUUCAGGGUGUGCUGCUCCAUUUUGAAACUCAAAUUGCUAUCACUGUGUUCAUCACAUCCAAUGUUUUUAGUCCCUCUGAGGUCAUAAAUCUAAACCCUGGUCGGGUUUAGAUUUAUUUUGAAGCUAUCAUCUGUUUUAAAAUGAGUGAGUCCCAUAAGAGCAGUGGUUCAGUUGAAGAUGUGUAAUUUCUGAUUCUUCUUUGACAGUACAUACUUGUGAUUUGGCUUCAAUUAAUGAUGAUCUUAUAACUGUUUAUCAAAUUACCUGAGGGUCAGGUUUUAAAACCUAGGUGGGCUACGAAAAACUUUCUUUUCUGAGGUGUGCUGAGACAUAAAGUAGUAUUUUUAUUAUGAUUUUUUUUUUAAAUAAUCCAUUGGAGCUCAUUAAAGAAAAGAGUACGUUAAAAUGCAAUCUUCAUCUACCGAACGCUCCUCCUGCCUGCGUGACUGAGAUCACAUCAUACAAGCGCCCUCAUUUGGACUCGCUUGUGUUUCUGAUACCAGCUACAGCAGUCAAAGUUCACUGCAUGUUAUCAAACCAUGGGGCCCACACCCUGAUUACUAUUCUGCUCCCAACAUUAAUCAUCCAGCAAGAGAGGAGGGCGGAAAGGCUGAUAGUACCAAAUGUUCAGUCAGUAGGUUUGAAGACCUGUGCAGGUGUGUCUGAGGGCUUACCUGCUGAAGACCUCCCAACCAGGCAUACCAUGUAGUGGUCCCUCCAGGCAUACAGUAUGUGAGGACUUAUAGAAAAGUCUGAAGAUUAAAAAAUAAAGGGAUUUAUUUAUCCAGUGCCAAGCUCGAUUGCUUAGUAUUUUAAGCAAAGACGGUUUGUCCAUAAUUACAGCUACUUUGAAUUUGCAUAACAAAAAAAAGUUGGGAUAAAGGGAAUACAUGAUGGUCCUGCAAGAGGAAGUGCGGAGAUUUUCACUCCUAUAAAAUGACCCAUCAACACUUUAAAAGCACAGAGGACCUGGAAGGUAAAAUAAACAUCUUUAUUUGCGCUCUUUGGCUUCCAUAUAACAGACAAUUGUUCCCAGUGGUUUAUGAUUUUUCAUAUAUUAUUCACUGCCACACACUUACAGUCCAUUUUCCCUCCAGUUUUAAGGCAGCAAGCCAGCUAUUUCAGACUACAAACUGCACAAUCCUGUGAUCAAAAGUGUUCUUGCAUGCACAACAUUAUUCUUCAGUAUACUUCAAUGAUUCUCAUUGGUGCAACGUCUUCAUACUGAGGAUUACUAUGAUACAGCCAAAAUCACUCAUGGUACGUGUGUUUAUAUGUGUGUGUCAGGGAUACAUGGGACCCAUUCCAGUUAAACCCAAUAGGAGCUGAGAAGGAACAAAAGAGGAGAUGUUUCCUGCUGGCUCAGCACCUGGUGGCUGCUAUCGUGGGCUUAGCUGUUUUGACCAGUGCUGUUGUAGCAAAGGUGAGAUUUUCUCUCUGCCGUCCGUCAAGUAAAUCACCUACAGUGUUCUUGUCACAAAUUGUAAACACUUGAUUUGAUAAUCCGAAGAUCUGAUUUAGUUUUUUCUCCCAUCAUUGAAAACAUGCCUAAAAAAUUGUUGAUAAAGAAGUUCUUGAAUGUUUCCUCCAUUUGUCUAUCUCAAUAUGUCUUGAUCUCCUUAAGUAUAUCAAAUGACAUGGUUAAAGCUAUAGUGCGUAAUUUCUGUUGCCUGCUAGAGGAUUUCUGCUUUAUUACAAUGAUACAGCACCUCAGUAUGACAUAUGUACAUCACACACAGUAACACUCACCAGACAUAGCAUACUGUUCAUCGCCGUACACAAAGUAACACUGGCUACAAAAUGUGCACUGCUCAUCAUGUUAGACGGAGAAACACUCGCGACUCACUGCAUACUGCUCGUCAUGAUACACAGACUGUAACUGUCUACACAUUUCGUGUGCGCCAGUGCGGGAAUGUCGCCAAAGACACCGAAUACAAAAAGAACAACUACUGAAAAAUACCACUUGUUAUUUGCCGAACAGCUUAAUCAGCGUUGUAUCAUCUCCUCUUGUAGUGGCUUAGGUGAAACGGAUAUUUACAGACACAUAGAUCUUACACACUAUAGCUUUAAGUUGCUAAACCCUCAAGGAUCAACAUGUUUUAUAUGUUAUCUUUGUUUCCAGUAUAAGCAGUAUCUAUAAAAAUAGAACAGCAGAAUGUAAAGGAUUCAGUGUGAGCUGGAAUAGCAGCUGGUGUAGAGAGCAAAACCCCUGCAAAGGAACCCAAGCUUGCAUGCUAGUUAUAGCUGAAGACACAAAUUACUUCAAACUAAAAAAGCCAUAAGGUGUGGAAGUUAGUAGGACAGUUGUGGAGACUGGCAAAACCUGGUCCAGGUGUUCUCAAUCCAUGAUGACCCAGCCAGACUCAUUGAAACCUGUAAGACAAGGAAGAGCUGCCAACAGCUCCAAAAAAGGGGGAAUGUUAAAAGUUAUCGUCUUGUGUUCUUGAGGACAAACCUGACAAAGCCAGCAGAUUUACUUAAUAAUAAAUAUAUAAGACGUUGACAGUUUGGGGAGGAAAGGCAUUCCUCAGGAGAUGUAAUGAAGUAAAAAAAGACAGCAUUUAUGUUGCAGAUAUAUCUGAAGAGGUGAAUUUCACUUUGCCUCUUAUCUCCACACCCGGUUGCUCCUAAAGUUGCUCAUUGAGCUGUGAAAAAUGCAGUGCACAGAAAAGAAGUCUCAGGUUAGCUGAAGUUUAUGAACACUUACCCCAGGCUACAAUAGAAAAACAGAUUAGUUGGAAAUCAGAGCCAGAAGCAAAUAUUACUCCUAGGUAAUGGGUUCCAAGAUUGCAGUUAUGUUAACUUUAAUCAGUAACUUUAUUGCUGUUGAUAUAAAACAUCAUAUUUUCACCUUAUCACUUCCUUUAUCUGAGUGUUGUAGCUCCUUGGAAACACUUAAUCAAGCUCCUGAGAUUAUGAAAUCUGAAAAAGAAACUGAACACUGUUUGUUUUUCAUCACUAAGUCAUAAACAGUCCAUAUUGAUUUUUUAAGAUGGUCUUCCAGUAUUUUGAAUUAAUACAGUUGUAAGAGUUUCUUUGGUCUGCUGGUACUAAAAUAAUAUCUGUGUUAAAGCUUACUCCAUUUGUACCAAGCUCCCUUUCCCUGUUGGUUUCUCUCUUAAACUGUGUCUGUCUCUCUUUUGAAGCUAUCAUCAGCAGGAUGUGUAUAUAUAUGUACAUGGUCUGUCCCUCUACCUCCCUUUCUUAUCGAUUCCAUGUCUUCCUCCUUUGGCCCUUGUCUUUCCCCCCGUUUCUUGAUGAUAAAUCAUGGGACUAUGCUCAGUUAUAAAACUCACACUCUGUGAUAUCACUGUCUCUGUUUUCCUUCUUAACCAAGGAGCAUUGACCACAGUUAAGCUCAGUUAACUUCCUUAUCCAUUUGACGGUAACUGAGGAUAAUAAAGCAAUGAAGUGUCCUUAGAAGAGGUCAUCUGCAGAAUUUAAAGCAGGGAGGGACCUGCCAGUAGAUCACAGCCUUCUUUAUAUUAACAGCAUAUGAAGUUACUACGACACAUGGAGCCAUCCAAUCCAAAGACAUACCACAAAGAGACCAAAGAAGACUGGUGCAUGUGUAUAGAUGUGUGUUUUCUUAAACUUCUUUAAAGAUACGAUCUGUGGGGUGGAGAAAAUACAGAGAUUAAUGUGUCAAGGUGGCUGUUGGUCAAUGGAAGAUGGGAGGGGGGUUGACUUAGUAAAUGAAUUAGAUGUGUAAUAUAAUUGCUACUUUAGCUCUGGCAGUCAUUAAAGCAAUACGGUAAAUAAUUGUACUUGUUCAUUUUUAAUCGUUUCUUAGAAAUCUUGGCAGUUUGGUCAGAGUUUGGGGUGUAUCAGAGGACAGGCACAUUUUGGUGUUCACUCUCACAUGAGUUGCUCAGCAACCCAAUAGACUAGAGACAUAAACAGAAACACAACAGACAACCUGUGGAUGAGGGAUUGAUAUAUUUUUUAUAAAUCAUUGUCAUGCUGCCACCAUCAAAUCCGUUUCAUUUGUUGAAUGUAACAACUUCCUUGUGGUUUUAUGUCCUUUGACAUACUUUUCGUCUCUGUCCAAUCAGGGCUCUCUUCUGGUGUUGUCCACGAUGUCCAGUCCACACUCCAUGCGCAGUCCGAAGGAAAAACAGUUCUACAUGCUGAUGUUGGUUUUCUGCCUGGUCUUCCCCAACUUCCUGGUGUUCCUUAAAUCCCUGUGGAAGUGUGCCUUCAAAAAAUUGGUCAAGCCCAACAUGAGGACCGUGUCUUUUGUACGUCCUGUUCAAUGUCAUGUAAACUGUUUGCAUAUCAUUGGAGGUUAGGUUGAUACCUGUCUUAAUUUUUUGUCAGUUCAUAUGCGCCCACUCAUCUGUCUUCACUGUUAAUCAUUAAAAAAUACAUAAUUAAAGAAAAACCCCAGUCAGUGAGUCAGCUUAACUCAACCAGGAUAAUGCAGGUUUUCAUUAUUUAACUUUAGAUUUAACAAAUAUUAUUUAAUGUAAAUAUGAUUUUGUGAACAGUGUCCAUAAAGUAAGUGCAUACAAUAGGCAUAGGAUGUCCAGGGUGCAGCUACCACUACUUUAAGUAGACUUACUGACAAAGAAAACAGAGAGGUCAUUUAUUCUCCUUAUAUUUGGGGAUAUGGUAUAUACUUCAACCCCCCCAAAAAACAGUUCAUGUUUGAAAUUCCUGAAAUAAUCUUUUGAUAUGAGUCUUUUUGUUUUCCAGAUUUGUGCUAUUGAGUGUCUGGUGUCUCUUGGCACUUCAAUCUUGGUGCUGGUGGUCAUGCCUCAGUUUGAUGUGUUAACUAACCUCUUCAUCAGCGGAGGAGUCUGUAUUGUAUCUGCCAUUCUGCAGAUAGUGUAUAGACUCCAGGGAGAAAAAUGGAAGAUCCUAUUCCCAAUCUGCUCCCUCGCUCUGACAGUUGCAGGUAACCAUCUCAAAUCAGUGCUAUGGUUUUUCUCUUUGUUAUUAUUCCGAAAAUCCAAUACACAGACAAGUUUGCACAAAAUUUGGAAUUAGAUUAAGAGUUGAACAAGUCUCUUAAAAUAAAAAACUAAUGUUGACUUGGUCCUUGUUUAGAAAACCUUUCUUUCAGAACUUUGCAGUUGACACACUUUAAAACAUAAAUGAGGCCAAGGUCACAACAUUUGACACAGAUGAAUCCUCUCUAUUGCCCAUGAGUUUAAUUCUUUUGUAGCAAUCAGAAAGUUAGCAAUUCACUUUACAGCUCUACAGCCAUCACCUGGAUCACAGGACAGGAAUUCAUAUAAAAUAAAAACAACAAGCAGAGGCACAAUGUGCCAGGGAUCUUUUCAGCAGACUAAUUUAAUGUGACAUGUGUGAUCUGGUCAUCUCUGACAUUGUUUUUGCUGCUCUGAACUAAUAACCACUGUUAAAGAGUUGUUAAAAGGAUUUGACCAACUGCAGUGAAGUGUUUGGAACCACUGAGUUACUAAUAAGAGAGCCAAGUACUAAGACCUUAUGUGAUACUUGUCCGAUAGUGAAAUCAAAAUAGAUCAAUUUUAAACUGAUGCAGUCAUUAUUAUGUUUCCAUUAAAUUGUAAUGGCUUGUCUCAACUCAACAAGUAACUACUUAUCUGUUAAUUGCCAGGUUACUGCCUCCUUGGGAUUGACUACUAUGUCCGUGUGGAUUCUCAUGUGGACAGACAGAGCAACGACUGCUUCGGCUUCAUUGGGCUCGGGAUUUUGUCUUCCCUCUUUGUCUCUGUCUGCUGGUGGGAAAACCCGCUGCAGGCUACCAACAAAAUGACGGUAUGAUGGUGUUUGCUAUUAAGUGUCUUAUUGCACCAUGUAUCUGAAAUCAAAGCUGCUUUUAAUAAUAUCAUCAUUAUGAAAAUAUAAAGGGGUUUUCUGAUUGUUGUACUGUAGUUUUUUAUUUUGUGUAAUUAUACUGAAAUAGCCAAGACGGUCAGUUUCGUUUUCCAUUUCGUCUCUGAGAUUGAGCUUUGGGGCAUUUGUAGUGCAGAAUGUAAAUAUAUUGACAUGAUAUGAUCAGAGAAAAGUUCAUCUUUAUCUCUCUCUCUCUUUGCAGGAUACAUUGACAGAAUUGGACGGUUUCAGAGACUUUGUGUUUGUCAUCAGCAGUAUUCUGAGGAUCAUAGUGAUAGGUAAUUAUCUGCCAUCACAGUCUGUAUCAACAGACAACACUCCAGAAAUCAUGCUUACAAGUUACACGUGCUCUCAGAAUAGAUUCUCAUUCACAACAGCCAACACACAGCAGUGUUUUUCAAGCUUAGACUGUAACAAUCUAAUUUCCACCAUUCACACUGGAGAUGAACAGCACCCUGUGGUUGUCAGUGGUGAUGAUGAAUCCAGGAGGAUGUUCUAUAGCUGCAGAAAAGUGUUCAAUUGUUUUCAAAUAGGAAAAAGAGAAAUAGCUGUCAUUCUGUUCAAAACUACAUGUGCUAUCUUAUUCAAGGCCGGUCAACAAUUACAUGUCCAUGUUAUAGGGAGCGGCAGUAGCUCAGGAGGAGCAGUCGUCCAAUAACGGGAAGGUUGGCGGUUCGAUUCCCCCCUAUCCUGACUCUGUCCGUUGUGUCCUUGGGCAAGACACUUAACCCACCUUGCUCCUAGUGUGUGUCCUCCACUGGUGUGUGAUUGUGAGUGUUGUGUGGUGGUGGUUGGAGAGGCUGUAGGCGCAAAAUGGCAGCCACGUUUCUGUCAGUCUGCCCCAGGGCAGCUGUGACUACUAAGGUAGUUUACCACCACCAAAGUGUGACUGUGUGAGCGAAUGAAUGAUGUAUCCAAUGUAAAUCGCUUUGAGGGUCUUUGAUAAAGCGCUACAUGAAAUCUGAUGCAUUAUUAUAACCUGAACCUCCUUCUUUUUUUUUUCUUUUUUUUACAAUCUUAACUCACUCUGUACAAUUUGUUGCAUCAUUGUAUGGAGUAAGUGUUUUGUCGGAUGUCUUAAUGUCUUUUUGUCCUGUGUCUUUAAGAGUUGAUUUGCUGUUUCUCUUGCAGGAGGAGUUUACCUUAUCUAUCAUGUGCUUAUUGUGGACUCUAUAACCUGGGAGGACUUUAACCUGAAGGAUGAGGACCAAGAAUUACUGCAAAUAGGAUUGGUGGUGUUUUUCUUACAGGUAGGCUGAGCAGACACUAAAUAACAGAUAGGAUAAACAUUCAAGACAGGACAUUCAAGACAUCUAUUUGAACAAUAUGCAUGAAGUACAGUCACCUUCUUCAGCCCUUAACUCUAAUGGUCCUUACCAUAGACUGUAUAUACAGUCCAAGGUCCUUACCUAUUAGAGUUUUUUUUUUCUUUUUUAAAAAUGUCUCUGUCAUUGAUUACUAAUUAAUGAUCCAGCUCCAUAUCAUAUGUACAAACAUAAAAACCAUAUUGUUAAGAUUGUGUCAUGUCUAAUAAUUUUAGUUAACUCUGUAUGUUAGACAAUACAUAAAUCUAAAUUUAACAUUAUAAAUAGAGAAGUUCAUAAAUUAAAUGUUUAUGAAAUGACAAACUGAAUGAAGAACAGACACAUCACCUCUCUAGAGCGACUAAAACACGCCCUCAUGAACAAAAUACAGGAAUUAAACUAUUUAAAACUGAAUUUGUUUUUUCCCCGCCCUCUCUCCAUACUGCUUGUUGUCUCAGGCCUUCUGCUCAGCUGCCUGUCACUGGUUUGGGGUGGUGGCCUGUAAGAUUCAUGCCGUCAGGAUGAGCUUCGCACUGCCAGUCUGUUCUACUGGGCCUGCAGUGCUUUUGUUGGGAAUGGUACUUUUCCUAACUGAGAUGCAAAAACUGGAGGGGGCUGCCAGCGAAAACAUACCAGGUGAGCUUUUUCUCUAAGAGUCUGGCUGUGUCACGUUCCAGGGUGAAAGAAAAAGGGAAAGGACUCAUAAUGUAGACAAAAAAUAAUUUGUUUAAGAAGUACAAAAUUUAAAAAAACCAACAAAAAGAGAAAAAUCCAAAAGGCACAAAUAAGCCACAUAAAAAAAAACAAACAAAAAAAAAAACUGGGGCAAAAUCACCGGGAGCAACUUGGGACGCAGACAUGCAUACAGUGAACCAACCUGGACAGAGAGGAAGACAGAGACUAUAUACACACUGGGAAACUGGCAACAGGUGAAGCAGAGGAGGCACAGGUGAAACUCAUGAGUGAUUAACAAAGGAGGGAAAACUAGGGAAGUAAAACCAGACGAGAAACACAAGGAAUCAACUACUACAAAAUAAAACAGGAAACACUAAAAUCAAAAGAAUAAAACACUGAGAGCAAGAGGGAAACAGGAUAAAACACAAGCCAGUAUGAGUUAGCAUGACAAAGAGUAACGUUUUUUUGUUUUAAUCUACAAACUAUAUAUACAGCUAAAAAUGUAAAAUAUUUUUAAAUGAAAUGCAACAAAUAUACUCACAAAAGUGCCUGUGACUCCACUCACAAAAUAUUUCACAUAUGCAUAUGUCUGACCCUGCAAAUCUGCUGUUGCAACAUCCAUGCAUAAGACAAGAACAUGUGAAGGGAGACUCCAGGGCUGCAGAUGUACUCAACUUAUUUUAUUUUCUUUCAUUUGAUUUCAAGCAGAUUGAUUAUGCUCUGCUUUGAUGUGAUUUGAUUACAUUAUAAGCUACUCAUGCAAAAAACGCUGUAACUAUUACAGUUGAUAGGAUUUUAAACAUUAAGGUACAUACUGGGAUGCUUUGUAGGAGGACAGAAAGAAAAACUUGCUAUGAACAUCCUAAAAGAUUGAGCUGUUUUCUUUACAGCGUUUUGUGAAAGUUUGGUGUUCCUGAGCCACAAGAACACAACCCCUGUGGUUUUACUGGAACUAACAAGGAGCAUUUGUCGAACAUCACUCAACAGGUACAUGUUUGUGUGUCAUAUAUUCUGUCAGUCCAGUUGGCAUAAACCUACUGCACAGCUGUGUAACAAUUUUGUCUAUCUGUUCAUGAUGUGUCCUUUUUUCCAUGGACAGCUACUACUUGCAGUGGCCCUUUGCAAUGCUGGCUCUAGAGGGAGUGUGUAUGUGGUCAGGCUUCGUCACAUGUACCUACUAUGUUUGGAAGAUCAAGGUAUAACUGGAAACACCUACACAGACUACAUUUACAAAUGUACACAUAUGCAUAUACAUUAGGCUCAAUGAAAACGUCUCAAUUCCAAGUCUGGAGAAAGUUGGAGGACCCCAAGUUCAUAUCAAUUUUAAAUAUCAGUUAUUGGUCUCACAGACUACUACUAAUCCAUAUCAGUCUUUAAAACCAAUAUUGGUUGACCACUACUAAACACGUAUGUUUACCAUCAAUGAGAUUCAAUCUGCGUAACAUUUGCAAUGUCAUGUCACCCCAAACACAAUCGGACGGUUGAUUCAUUAUCACCAGUCUGACCUGAACAACGUCAUGCUAUCACCACUAUCCUCGCUGUCCAGGAUUAAUCCUGAUAUACGUAUAUCUGAAAACACUUUAGUGCAGCCCCUCAUUCAGAAACACAGUGGAACUGAUCUCUGUGCAGGUGAUUUCUGUAUCUGGAUCAUAUGACGGUCAAAGAUUCCCAAAACAUGCUCAAUUAAGCAAGUGUCACUCAUCUUUAGUGAGAGGGGAACACACAGACUGUUAAACCGACACCAUGAGUGUAAAGAAAAGAGAUCAAGUCCAUUGGCACCAACAGAAAGUGUCGACAUUUCAAAGCCCCAGACAAGUUAAAACAAAAUUACCUGCAAGGCCAAUACCAGUCCACAUCUGUGACAGUUGGAACUUUGGGUAUUUGGGAUAAAACAACCAUGUCUGUGUAAACUGAACCUCAAAUGCAAAACACCUAAGUGCCAUUUUGGGUUACUGUGUCCUAGGUCCAACGUAUAGAGAGAACUUCUCAGCUCAUGGUUCGCCGACUGUAUGAAUCUGCUUUCAUCGACCUGUCUCUUCUGCUAAAUACCAAGAUGAAGGUGCCACGAGCCAAAAACCAGGAGAGGUGAGAGGAGUCUGAGUAGAGAUGUGCCUAAUUGUCUCAUUUUGUACUCAAUCUUUUUGCUUUUGAAGUUUUGUUAAAAGCCUAAGGAGAACUUUUUCCUCCAUGGAUUGACACACGCAGAAGUGGUUUAGAAAAAUGUAUUUUUUAAUGUAAAGAACUGUGAGCUCCUUAUUGUUCUACCUUAUUUUAUCUGCGGGUGGUUAUUACAAGAAAUCAAAACUCAUGAUCCUGUAACCACAAUGCCUGCUUCUUCUCUUCCCCAUAGCAAUGAUGAAGUACAGAACUGUGUGAUCUAUCUUUGUGCCACAAUGUGGCAUGAGACCUACGAUGAAAUGCUGAAGAUUCUCACCUCCAUGUUAAGGUUGGAGACUCCUGUCAUUGCAAACCCACAUCCUCUGUAGUCCUAAGCACACACCAUGAGUUUUGUUGUUUUUUAUGCAUCUCUUAAAAGAAAACUUAAGACAUACUGAAAUCUACACUGGUUUAACUUCUCACACUGCUUCAGUGAUGUACAAGUAUAUCAACCAUUUGCGAUUUAACAUUUGGAGUUUCAUUCAAUUGUGUUUAACCUUUGACCGGCGGAAAAAAGAAAAUACUAGGUUUUGCCAUUCAUAGCAGCUUGUGUUUGUUUCAGGUUGGACCGCUAUCGAGGAGAUCCAAAAGAGCAACAUAAAGACCUUUUUGACUUUGAGUGUCACAUUUACGUGGACGACGCCUUCACGAUUGACAAGGAGACAGGGAAUAGGGUGGUUAACUCAUACGUUGAGGACCUGAUUGAUGUCCUUAUAGAAGUUUACAGGUGAGAUAGGUCAGUCCAUUCGUCCAACUGUCUGCUUAUCUAUCUCACCAUGUAACCAUCUAUUCAUCUGUCCAUUCAGGGUGUUUACCAACAAAGAACCAGAUGAAGUAUCUAUCAUUGAGGCUCCUUAUGGUGGCAGGCUGAUGUUUGUUUUGCCAGAAGGGAACAUGCUCUAUGUUCACCUGAAAGACAAAAAGCUGAUCAGGAACAAGAAGAGAUGGUCCCAGGUAAGGAGUGAAAGUGUUUCUGAGUCCUAUUUAAUCUUGAUUUUGUAAAACCUUAUAGUGUCAUGUUACAAGAUAAAUGAUCUAAAGACACACCAAAUUAAUGUUUUCUAAUAUUUGGACAAUGUGUGCUUUUUCUUUUUGCUUCUGUUUGUCUGUUUCUUACGUGUCUCUCAUAUGAAUCACCAGAAUAAUGAACAUGUCCUCCCUGUCCCAGCUUCUAGUGGACAAACACAAUACAGAUUGUACUCUUCUUUGAAUGGCUGGUUUUAAACUUUGCAAAGUAAUAUUCCUGUACUUCACUUUCAGAUCAUGUAUAUGUAUUAUUUACUGGGUUGGAAGGGCUACGUCACCAAAAACCCAAUCAAGAUUGAGGUAAGACUUCUCUUCCCUGACAUGUCCUCUCUUUAACAUUGUCCUGUAGACAGUUUCACAUGUGAAACAUCUUUUCUCUUAUGUCCAGCGAAAAAAUAAUUACAACAGAGGCAGCGUAGUCACCCUUGAUGGAGAGAUCUACCUGAUGCCUCACCAGGAGAGUGACGCCAAGAGACGAAAAAUCUCAGAUGAAAACACUUACAUUCUGGCUCUGGAUGGAGAUACUGAUUUCCAUCCUAAAGCCGUGAUUCUGCUGGUUGACAGGUAAAUGAUGGGAAAAAUAACCUGUUAGUUUAUACUGUCAUGGUGGAGGAUAAGGGUUUCAUUAUUUUCCAACAUAAAACGCUAAGAGAAAAUGCUUUAAAAAGUUUACUUUCAGCCACUCUAUUAUUAAGCAAGCAGUUUUUCAGGUACUGUAUGUGAAAUCUUUUCAAAUGUACUCAUUAACUUUUUUGAUUUAUAGGUUGAGGAUGUAUGAGAAUGUGGGUGCAGCAUGUGGUAGAAUCCACCCGACUGGUAUGGGUAUGUAUUUAGUUUCUGCUCUCCGCCUUGUGGGUUGACAGAGAUUCAGGGUCAUUUGGCCUCUGUGGUCAACAAAUCAGUGUUUUAGAAACACAUUACCCAUGGCACCAAAACCAAGAUAUUGGGGUUACUUAAUUGAUAAAAUCUGCUUUCAGGGUGUUCUCUUGUGCAGCUAUUACCUGGAGCCAGAAUAGAGUAACCACUACACAGCUGGGGUUGUUUGGUAACACAUGGUAGGCCUUUCUUAUACAGCAGACAAAUUCCAAACCCUUAAAUAUUACGUAAAUUUAUGGGAACUUUUGCAAGAGGAACUGGCUUGCUAAUUCUACUCCUGGUUCAUAGGGGAUCAGGUGGUUAGUAUGGUUAACAUGACUCUAAAUCUGCCACUGCAUAUGGUCAUUUUUGUAGAUGCUCAUUGGAUGGGGCCCCAACUCAGUUCAAAGUGUUGGUGAUGUCUGGGUGUACGUUUAUCCACCGUAAAGUCCAAAGAUAAGCCAAGUGGUUUUACGAAACUGAUAGAUCAGAAGUUGAGUUCAGAUUAAGAUCUGAGUUAAAUGUUUACGAGGGUGAUCAACUUCAGCUCCAGCUGAACAGACUUCAGAAUUAAUCUCACUAGAAGUUAACCUUUUAAAUCACAUUGUUUCCUCCUUCCUGCUGCUCAGGUCCCAUGGUGUGGUACCAGAAGUUUGAGUAUGCAGUAGGCCACUGGCUUCAGAAGACAGCAGAGCAUGUGUUUGGCUCAGUACUCUGCAGCCCUGGAUGUUUCAGUCUGUUCAGAGGAUCUGCCCUAAUGGAUGACAAUGUACUGAAGAGAUACACGACCACGUCAAGCAAAGGCUCAGAAUACGUGCAAUAUGACCAAGGUUAGCGCACAUGUCAGCCAUCCCUUAACUGGAGGUGUCUGGAUCAGUAGAUACCCUUUUUAGCUUUCCUCUGUGUAAUGUGCCACCCCUGCCUUUAUUUCUAGGGGAGGAUCGUUGGCUGUGUACUCUGUUACUGCAGCAAGGCUGGCGAGUGGAGUACAACGCAGCGUCAGAUGCAUACACCAACUCCCCACAAGAGUUUAAAGAGUUUUAUAACCAAAGGAGACGAUGGGGCCCAUCUACCCUGGCUAAUACCCUAGACCUUCUGAGCAGGUAAGUGUGUUUUAUUGCUCUUUAUUGUCUCUAUACAAUUUUUGUGGCAAUUAAUUUUGAACUUAUCUGAAACCUGAUUCAAAACCACCAGCCUCAAACUAUGAUUCUCAUUCAAUUUUAUAUGGAGCAAUGAAGCAAAAUAUUUUUUACUGGAGCAAAUCUAUAGGCUACAGACCUUUAAUCAGCAAAGCCCCUCUGAUAAAUUACAUUUCAUUUGGCACUAAUGCUAACUCUUCUCUACUUGUGACUUUGAUUCCAGUGGUGGAGAGACAGUCAAGAGAAACUCAUCCAUCUCCAGGCCCUACAUCUUCUACCAGAUGUUCACUGUUGGUGCCUCCAUCCUUGGUCCAGCCUCUGUAACUCUCAUGGUAGCAGGUAGGUUCAGCUCCAGUUUCGACACCCUUUUUUACUUUUUUGAGGGCGACAUAAUAAAUGGACUAACAAAGGCUUGUGCUCUCUAUGUGACGCUUGAUGUCCUCUUAUGACUAAAUCCCCUCUUUACUUUUCCUUCCAGGUGCUUUCCAGUUCAUCUUUAAACUUGCUGGUACAAUCUCCAUCAUUGUUGCCAGCAUUCCUCCUGUUGUCUAUAUGCUCAUAUGUUUCCUAACCAAAGCUAACACGCAAAUAACCAUCGCUGGCAUCAUGAGUGUUCUGUACGCCUUCCUCAUGACUGCAUCCUUCUUCUCCAUCAUCGGUGGGUAUUAGGUCUUUAAGACUUUUUGAAACUCUAUGUUUUAGUUUGUCUCUUGAAUUAUGAUUUGGAGAAAAUAUAUUCACACAUCCUCUUUACAGGUGACAUGGUGAUGCAGGGAACCUUCCUGACCCCCACUGGCCUAUUUUUGGUCUCUAUGGCAAUCAUGUACUUGGUGACAGCUAUACUACACCCAGAAGAGUUUGGUACGGUGAUCUUUGAUGUUUGUAAACUUGUUUAUGUCAUUGGAUAUUGAGUAAUUGUAACUAUGAAGUGCGAUUAUGUUUUGAUCGUAUUAAGGAUAUGGUGUUUACAUGCACACAGAGAAACCUGGUCAUUCAUAUCCUUCUUGACAUGAUAAAUGCUGGUAUCCUCCACUCCUAUUACUGUAUUUACUUUGUACAAGUGUCUGUGAUGUUUGUUUCGCACAGCACCUACUGCAGAUAUCUCAAAAUGUGAGAACAAUGACUCGUGAGGGUGAGCAUAGUACCGUACUAACAGGACAGUUGUAGGGAAUAUUGCUUGGUUGCCUACCAGCUUUAAGAGCACAGAGGCACUGAAGAAAGUCCUGCCACCAUGUUUGUUUUGCUGAAAUAUCACUUAGCUAAAGCCCUGCCUGCGCAGGUAGUCAGCAGCUGUCAGAUAUUGGGUUAGGCCGAUCCAUGCCACAGUAUCCUCUUUACUUACGGAGUUCAUCAGCUAAAAAAACAGGUUUCUCAAAGACAGGCUAGGUUUGAUUCUGGUCUUUGACAUCAUUAUAUGAUAUUUACAUGCACAAACACAAAAAAGAAUACUAAGGUCCUUGUAAAUGUACCCAUAGUGGAUAUAUUGAGUCAAAAUGCUUUUUUCUGUUAAAAAAAUCAUAAUGUGUGCUUUUCUGUUUUAUUUUUUAGGGAUGAUUAUCUAUGGGCUCAUGUAUUUCAUCUGCAUCCCAAGUGGAUACCUGCUCCUGGCUAUCUACUCUCUGGUUAACAUGAACGACGUGUCCUGGGGCACAAGGGAAACCAACAAGUAAUGCCCUGAUCAGUUUAACAAAGAAUUAUACUUUGUGCUUUUAGCUCAUGUACAUGGUGAAUAAAGACAAAUAAGACAGACUCUUAUCUGGUUCAGAUACAGGUCAUAUAAAUAAUGCACCAAAAAGCCAGGUCUAGACCUGCUUUUGUUUAGAAACAGUGUCUUGAGUUAACAUCAGUUAUGAGGAGGCACAGGCACAUACAAUAUCUUCUGAUUUUACUGCUAAGUUUUGGAUCUGUAGGCUUUAUUAAGACAGUAUUCUGAUUAAGACAUCUUUAACCUUAUUUUCAUCCUCUUCUGGCUUGGAUUGUGGCAAUUAAAUCACAACAAUUAUAAAAGACAGACAUAAUUUGUGUUCGUUUUAGCCGUAGUGUAGUCUCGAUUAUCUCUCACAGUAUCUGUUUGGGUUUUGAUGUACGAUGUGUUGAUUUUUCACUGUCCGCCCCUAGGGGAGCGGAAGAGGCCAAGACAAACGAAGCUGUAGUUUGUCACAAAGAUUGUAAACUCUGCUGCUGGGACAUGAAAAUACAGGUACUGUAACUGAACAGCUACUUACUAGCACUCUAGAGCAUGGAUUGGAGUGUUUCAAUUGUAUUGUGGCUUUACAGAUAACGCAGGAGGCAGAGAUGCUGCUGCCCAUACCAGUUAAAGGCCUGAGUAAGCAGCAAGACCCUGCCCCUCCAAACACCAACCAGGAACAACCUCAAGCACCAGAAACAGAGAAGCAGCCUCCAGAGAUGCAGCCUCCAGCUAAAAAUGAAACAAGCAAAGACACCACUGUAGUUGUGAAAAAAGCUACAGCACAGUAUGACUCUUCCUCUAGUAGCAGGUAAAAAAUGAAUUUUCUUCACAUUUUUCUUUUCAGUCUGUCAUUCAUAUAUUUAAAAACUACAUAUGUUUGCAAAGCUGUAUGAGCUUAAAACAGGCCACUAAAUGAAAAGCCCUGUUUCUGCUCAGUGAUGCAUAAUAAAAAUGAUCAAGUUCAGCAGCCCUGAUGUUUGUUCAGCCAUUUUUAGCUUCAGGCAGCUGCACUGACUUAACUCAUCGCGGUGCAUGGACACUGCAUGUGUCCUCAGUGUUUAUGUGCAAAAGUCUGGUGAAUCUUUGAGGACACCGAGACGUGUUUUAAUUUAGUUUUUUUCUCUCUCUCUAAUGAAAGUCUUACUUGAUAUUGUCUCUUUUCACAUUGCUUUAAUAACUAAUAUGACAACACAGUAUAUCACAUAGCCUUAGCCAACAAGUGUUUGCCGACUGGACAAAAUGACUGUUCUAGGUUCUUGUAUACCUCAUGACUAUAUCAUUGUAAUGCCUGAUGUAAAAUUAGUGGUUCGUAUGUAAAUGAGACAGUGAAGCUUAAACCGAGAUUUUUCUUUGAAGCCCCACCUUGAUCCUUUGUAUUUGUUUGUUUGUUUUCUACUUAAAGUGUUCCCAGUGGUCUUUAAAUUGUUAUUAUUAAGUGUUUAGCCAAAAUCACGUUACCUGUGACAUUUUCGAUGGCUUUUCUUCUGCAGAGCUCCAGAAGCUCAUUAGCAAUUCGCCUCUGAGUCGUGGGCAGGAACAAUGCUUCUCUGCACACUUGUCUUCACGUUAGCUUGCAGCCUAACAUUGUCGGUACAGCAGAAGUAGCAGGUAACAUAGGAGCUAUUCAGCUCCCGGACACUAAUGUCUUUGGGGACAUGAUGAAAGCUAAUAUAAUAAGCUUACUUACGAGCAUUCCAAUUCACUAGUCCACACACUUUUUCAGCAGUCGUCCUCUAGUUUCUACCUCACAGGGUCUGGCUUGUGGAGCGGGGCUCCGGGGGCGGAGCUUGGUUUUUGACGUAGGAAAUCUCACUGUUUCUGAACCUGCCAUUUGGGUCUGCCAGAGGUUCACAGCGAUUUGAAUAAAGAAAUACUCAGAAAUGCAGUUUUGCUCUGCUCUUAGUUUUCUCUUGAUAUGUCCUUUCUUGCAUCAGAAAAACACCAUAUAAACGUCUAGAAAACAAGUGAAACACGAUUUUCAUCGGAGUGGGUCAAAGUAUCACAUCUGAAAAUGUGAAGUCAAUAUGACAGAAAAACAUUCACAAAAAUUUCUUUCUUUGUGUGCAGUAGUGAUAGUGACGAAAAGCGGAGCUUACCGGCGAUCUUAACUAAAAAAGAUGAUGAUGAUGAUGAUGAUGAUGAUAGUGAUGAGGAAGACAGUGGCCAUUACGAGGCUCAGCUAGAAGUAGUGGAGCCUCCUGCCAGUGGUAAGAGGCACUAACUUUGUUUGACCUGAAUAUUUCACAAUAUUAAUCACAUGGAUUCUUGUAAAUAGAACAAUUUUCAACUGCUUCAAGUGCUAACCGUGUGUGUGUGUGUGUGUGUGUGUGUGUGUGCGCGUGUGUGUUUGUGUGUGCGCACAGAGUGGGUGGAACCUGUAAAAAAAGUGUUUUUGAAGAAGCUGACCUAUGCCAACAUGAAAAGAAAUCUUCAAGAGCAAAUACGGUAAAGACAAUCUGAUGUAUCAUAGAGAAAUAUCUAUUUUGUAUGCUCUAACUCGCCUUUCUGACGUGUCACUGAAAAACGACACUGGCCCUGAAGCACGAUUGUUGUACUGUGGAUUUUUUCUUAUUCCUUUUCUGGACAAGUUUCAAUUCACUACUAGUCCUACAGCUUGAAGAAUUGUAGGAUAAAGGACAUCAAAAUAUGCAGUUUGAUCAGGAUUGGUGUGCUAUUACUUUUCUCUAUUGUAUAUGAAUUUUUUUUUAAAGCGUAAGUCACGAAAAACGUGGGAAAAAAAGUCAAUGGGUCAAGCCAAAAAAAAAAAUAAAUAAAAUUAUUGGAGUUUUUCCAAACGUCUACUGGUCCGGCUCUGAGCCAGAGUUAGCUUUGAGCAAGCUUGUGUAGAAAAUCCAAAACUACCUCUUGUGGUUGCAUGUGUAUUAUUUCCAAAUCCUCUUAAUCUAAAGACUUGUUUUCAUACUUUCUUGUCCUCAGAUACUCACUCCGUGACAUAGAUCAGGAUAUUUGUGAGGAUUUGAUCUUGAUGUUGACAGACACACUUAAUACCCAGCUAAGUGCUGUGGGACCAGAGGACAUUCUGGAAACUUCCGAGCUCGAGGAGUUACAACAUGAUCUCAACAGACAAGUAAUAAUAAUAAUUCUUAUAGUUAUGGUAAUAAUAAUUGUUAUAAAUCAACUGAUUUGGGGUAGGUUGUAGGUUUGUCUGUGUUGCUGUUUAUUUUGCAUUUAUUUAAAUUUUAAGCCAAAACAAUAUAACUCAACCAUUUCAGAGGCUUUGGAGUUUACAGUGACACAUUUUCAGCUUCUGCUUAAGAGGGACAAUUCACUCAAUACUUAAUAUGGUUUCUUUAUCCCCUAGGCAAGACAUUUCUUGAGGUCCAGCCAAAUGAUGACUCUGGAAACGAGAGUCAAGAGAGCCAUCGAGAAAACUCUCACUGCCCCACAGAUACAAAAGCUGGAUGAGGUAACGUACUGGCUAAACUCAUGAGCCUGUGACAAGCCUGAACUAGGGACAAUGGACAUGUAUUGGUAGUCUUUAGUUUUACCCUUUAGUAACUUUAGUCAGUUGGGUAUAUAUGAGAUAAAGGAAAUUGUCAAAAGUGUUGUUUAGUCAUCAUUUUUAUGAUACCCAUAGUCAAACUGUAAUAAUGCAAAAUAGAGCAAAAGUCAGCUAUAUUUGCCUUUUUUAUCAUUUAAUAAAAGGAGUACAUUUGUGUCUUUUUAGGAUGAGAAUGACUUCUGGGAAAAGUUAAUCGAUCGCUAUCUAACACCCAUCAAUGACUCUAAAGAACAUAAAGAGAGGGUCAUCAAAGAACUCAAGUCCCUGCGAAACAAGGUGAGCUCUCUUCCUUCACAGCUGUCUUCUUUUCUGGUCAGCAUUAGUCUCUUUCAAUCAUGCACUGAAAUUUUCUGAAACUAUCCAGCUUUACUAACAAACCAUUUUCAGCCAACAUUGUUUCAAUUUAUUAUUCACUUGUAUUUGUUUUCUAUUAUGUCUGUCCUCCAAAAAUAGUUAUUUUGAUUAAUAUUGAAAUCACAAUUUCAAAGGAUUUCCCAUGUUUGACAUCUGCAUCACACACAUUAGCACAACUUAAAACCUCUGAAAACUUCAAAACUUCUCGUUCUUUUUUAAAAACAAGAGACAAAAAUGAUUAGCCUGAAUUUUUGUUUUCCAAAGCAUGUCUGCCAAACUGGAUGAUAUAAAUGUUUUCAAUAGUCAUUAUAUACCAUGACCUGAAAAUAAAGGGACCAUUCCUACCGUCACUGUAGAGUUUAGGCUUAUCUUGGGGGAUAAUUCUCACUGAAAUAUCACUUGUAGUAAAGCAUUUUAACAGUGUGUAAUAAAAAAAUUAAGCUCUUUUAAUGCUUACAUUUGAUCACAAGCUGCAGAUCUAGCAAAUCAUUCAGUCAUUUCAAGCUUUUCUUUCAUGACUUUAUAAGGUCAAGCCUUGGGCUUAUAUCUUGAUGAUGACACAAUAGCUGUGUUAACAUGGAUACAAAUAACUGGAAUAAAUGCCCAAUCGGAAAUAAAAAUGUGACAUGUAAACAUGUCGAUCAUAAGAUUUUGAUCCAAUUCGGCUCAAUUGGACAGAAAUUGUAUUCCGAUUCCUGGUGGUUCAUGCUGAUCGUUAUUCUGAAAUGCGUCCAUGUAAACACUUAUUCUAUUCCUGACUCUUACCUGACUUGAUCUUAACUCUUUAGCCUUUGGUUUAUUUAUUAAGGCCUGUACAGGAGGUUUCAUUAUUAACACUCUUGCAAGAAACACAACUGCAGGUACCGUGUCUGCUCCUGUGAUAACAUAACAAGGCGUACAUACAGCGUAAUGAUGUCACAUCUGCACGCACAGUGCAACCUUUGACCAAACAGCAAUAUAAGUACGCAAAGGCGCCAUCUAGUGACAACGUUUAACAGGGGAUAACUCCUGAAUUGGAGGAAGUGAGCCACUACCGUGUUUGUUGGUUUGUUGACAGCACAGGUGUAAAUACAACUCUUCUUCUGCAAUUGUUUUAGCGAAAUUAGACAACUCUGCGCAUGUCCAAAUGCUUCUAAUCUGAAUAAAGACUGGUGCAUGUAUAUGCACAUCAUGAAAAGAUUAUUUGAUUUUGCAACCAUAUAAAGAGUGGAUUCAGAAAUCAGAUCAAGAAAUUUUGCACAUGUAAACAUGAUUAUUGAUGGCUCCCACUUUUUAGCAGCAGCUGUUAGUUCAUUAGGGAGAAGAAUCCAUAAUCCAGGACUCUUAUUCCCGCUGAGAGCAUUUUUAGAGAGGAUGUCAAGCUAUUUCUGAAACCUGAAAGGUCAAAGUCUUAGAAAGAGGUGAGGUGUAACUUUAAGUGGUCCCCUGUUGAACUAUCUGAUAAAAUAUAAUAGUUUAUCCUUUAAGAUGUAUAUUUUGAUAAAGAUGGGGUAAAAGAUUUUUCCCUAUGUACUGACACAUGCAGCGCUUCUGAAUAAUUUUGGGAGGUUUUCAGACCUCUGUAUGUCUGAAAGGUGCCAUUUGAAUGUCUAAUUUUCUAAUAUAAACUGACUGUUUUGGGUAAACCAAUGCUAGAAAAAGCCUGCAAAAUGAUAGAGACUUAAUAAUGAUUUCAUUUUGCUUGCUUCCACAGGCAGUCUUCCUGUAUUUCAUCAUCAACGUGCUUUGGGUGGUAGCUACCUUCUUCCUGCAAGCCAUAGGAAGUGAUACCCUCAGCAUCAAGAUCCCAAAACAAUAUGCAGAUGGAAUUCAGAGAAAUGAAACAGAAUAUCUCAAGGUGCGGCAGACACAGUUAGUCCUGUUGAAAUGUUCAGCGGAGACAGAGAUAGUAAAAGGAGGGCUGUAAAUUCAUGUUGUCAUUGUGACUGUUAUUUUGUGUUACUAGGUGGAGCCUCUCAGUCUGAUGUUCCUCUUGUCUUUCGCUGUUCUCCUCCUGGUCCAGUUUCUGGCAAUGUUGUAUCACAGGUAAAUACAGCUGUUGUCUUAAACUCAAUAUUAAGCUUUUCCUUCCUCACGUGUGUUAAAAUUGUACUUUACAGUUUCCCAGCUUACAACAGAAAAUCUUGAAAACUAGGCAGGACAAAACAGCUUCAGCAUGUGGAGAUUUAAUUUGACUAAGAAGUUGGACAUUUAAACUUCCCAACCUUUGUACUUGUGUUUCAUCUUGUUCUCUGUCUGAUUGCAGGGUCUACACUCUGAUCCAUGUGGUGUCCUACCGCAGCACAGAGAAAGACUACAAACAAACAGUAAGUAACAAAACUAACACAUGUAUGAGUGUAAAAGUCAACAUGUCUCCUAAGUAGACUCCUAUGCUGCGUCCGAACUGCCCGCUCGGAUACUACAUGCUACUGCUACGUGCUACUGCUAGAUCCUACUCCUACAUACUAAACACGUUUGCCCAAUUCGGACACACUAGACGAGCGGUGGGGAAAGACGACCCCCGCAGGCAGAGAGUAGGUACUGCGCCCGUGCAGACAGUGGUAACUGAAGCCCCUCAUCUGCGGGCCUGGCUGUAGUACUGCAGCUGUGCAGUUUAAUGAUGGAAUAAGUGAGCUUUACCUCCAUGAUGUCGCCACAUAUUUGCUCAUAAAAUGAUUACUUGGGCAAAUAUGACACCAUGACAUGACAAAGAGAUACAACCGCACAUUUUUUAGGACAGUGUGUGAAGUUACAUGAAACUUACAUCUGUACUGCUGCGGUCCCGCGACAUGGUGCGCGCUGUUGUGGCCAGCCGGCGUUCGCGACACAUUUAAAUAGGCAGAGCAGCUGGUGGCGCUAGCAUCACAUGCGCUUCUACAACUUUUAAGAGGACGAAGAAGAAGCCCGUGGUGCAUUUUGGGUCAGUAGCAUGCCCGUAGGAUGCACCGAGACCAACCUACAAUGUGGGCGUGUCUAGUAUCUGAAGUGGUAUCUGAAGUAGCAUGCUACUCGCUCCGGUGGCCAAUUCGGACAUGCUAGAUACUACUUCGACUACUACUUCGACUACUACUUGGCAAUUCGGACGCAGCUCUAGAUUUGCAGAGGUCUGGCUUCAUACAGGCAUUAUGCCAGUUGGGUGGCUCAAGCUUACAUCCUCCCAAAAAAUUAAAGAAACAUGUCAACAUGCAAACAGAAAGAGCAAACUGAAUUGUACAAAAAUCAGCACCAUGAGAUGACAGCUACUUUAGACACCAGUGUGUGCUGUUUACACAAUUUACACUUUCAGUAUUGAUGCUUGUGAGAGGGGUCUGGAUCAGUUUUUUUCCCCAAGUUCAUACUACAAGCUACCACUUUUCAUAAAAAACAAGUUGUUUUUGUUUGUGUGUUUUUUUUUUUUAGUGUGUAAUAUUGUUGAGACCCAAAAAAAAACAAAACUUUGAUCAUUAAUCAAGAAGUAGCCUACCUCAAUGGUUGUUCAAUUCAGUCUUUAGAAUAACAACCAUGACUAAACUCAAAUAUUUGAAAAGCUUUUUAGUGAUUUACUUACAAUUUAAAUACAUAAAUAUACAAGUAACACUCAUAAUUUUGUGUGUGUCCCUACCUGUCAACUAGGAAGUUCAGGAUCCUGAUGAGGGUCCUCGCAUCGACAUGGACGUCUUCUAUGCCAAUGACCUCGCUAUAACUGGAGAGGACAUGUAG